CACAUAUAAAUAUAUCAAUAUAUGGACGGAGUACUUCUGAGAAGGACGACAACAAUAUCUACUAAUUUGCAGAACAUGGGUUGUACUCACACAGCGAUACCGAAUAUGAGGAUUCCUAAUCCCUUCAACGCGUAUCUCCUCUGCUGGAUCGCAUUCAUCUGAAUUCAACCCUGCGUAUCGCCUCAACACAUACAAGACAUAGAUCGGAGAGCCAUCCUUCGUCGCUAACUUUGAAUCUCCGCAAAGUUUAGUAUUUAUUAAGCUUAUGAUCUGCAGCGGCUUACACAAUUUAGUCUUGACCGUUUCCCCGUCCCCUUGGACGUUCGUUACCCUGAAGCUGCUCAACAACACAUCUACCUACUACAUUCAUGAACAUAUGCCCUGCCAUCGCCAACAAUAUUAAAUGAUCAAAGCCGGUUUUAUAUCGCUAUGAACCUUAGAAAUGUCCCAUUUCCAGUUGAGUCGACAUGCCUUCUCUUCUAGCGUUUGCGCAUACACUGAGCAGUACUGGGGUGGUAUAUAACACUUUCCUGCACUGAUGCCAGAAGCAUCCUUGUAAAGGACUUUAUUGUGCGGAGUAGAGCUCUACUAAUCUAAAAUCUCCUCCUCUAAAAAAAGAAAAAUAAAUACAAAACGAAGAAUAUAAUAAAUGAAAGAAUUAAGCAAAAAGUAGAUUCUGGGGCGAGCCGGGAUUGAACCGGCGGCCUUACGAUUUAAGAAAACCAAAGUUUGAAACUUCAGUCGUACGCUCUCCCAACUGAGCUAUCACCCCAUUGGACAUUACAGACGGUAACCAUCUGCGCCCCUGAGGAUAUUCACCGCGCUUGGGAUAAGAUUUUAAACAAAAGAGAUAUACAGGUUGGUCAAUUUCUAAAUAGGAAGCUGAAUGUGCUCCUGGGAGCCUAUGUUAGCGGACGCAUCUCAAAUAUAUAGCUAUGCUUAGUGUGUGGAUAACCAAUGCUAGGCUAGCGUGGUCGUUUCUUGAAUACAGAAGAGUACCAAGUCUUGGACCAAUACAAGCCCCUAAUACGUGCCGCGAGACAGCGAAUGGGUGAUAUCGUAAGAGCACACAAAGAUGUCAGGCUCUAGCCAGCGUUAGGAAGAAGGGACAAAAUUAACCCGGUUUGUGUUCUGGGAACGUCACCUCAAUGGUGUUUUUUCCGGCCCUGGACCGAAAACCACAACGAACAAGUAGUCCAAGAAGAACUACCCAACUCAGGAUUCAGGACCGAGCAUUAAGGCUUGCCGAGAGUUUGAUCGACCUGCCUAUCAGGGGCGACUUCCAUGAGCAAUUUUCAUACAACAAGCAUCUUCAUCUUACAAAAGCACAGCGAGACGUCCGCGAGGACCUAACGGUAUCCGCAAGAGAUGAGUUGAGAUCUGCAUUCCCAGUUAAAGCUGGCGAAGUAGAAGAGCGUCGAUCACUUCUCGAAACCAAAGGAAGGAGAAGAGCCAACACAUUCGAACAUAUUUGCAGGAUCUAGAGAAAAUUUCGGAAAAGGAAACAUAGGAGGUUGCUCUCCAAACAAGGUCGACAAAUGAUGCCUUGGAGCUUUGGAGGUUUCAGGCAAGAAGUUACCAGGUGGUGGAGUCCUGGCUUGCCGUUGGCCGAAACAUUCCCCUUUGCCAAAGCGCCGCGAUCUUAUUUCUAGAACUCUUGGCUAAUGAAAAGCUGGACGAUCUCGAAAAGUCUGUAGUCGCAGAUUCUGACUGGCUCCAAAGGGCUGAGAUGGUAUAAAAAGCCGAUGGAGAUCUAAUAGAAAGCCGACAGGAGCUUAAGAGGGCAUUUACACUUCUCCAUUGUAAUAGAGAAGCGCUUUAAUCGGAGUGCAUUGGGACUUCAACAACCGCGGAAUUGGCGAUGGAAGUGGCGCGGGAAUAUACAGAAUACAGACAGACGUUCUUGUCCGUGAAAGCAGGACGCAAAGGAACUUCUCCUAGUGAAUGAGUGGCAACUACAGGCAAGGGGAAAUCCGAUAGAAUUUAGCGAACCCUCCUAAAAUGAAGGGGCGUGGUGCAUUUGACUCGUUCCUUUGCCGCUCAGAGAGGAAGAACUCGAUGGCUUUCGGAGGGCCAUCUAGCAAUACUAUGUAUGUCAUGGUUGGAGGGGCCUGAAAUUGUGUGGCUAUCCUCGAACCUUCGUUGCGGAAGGGUUCAAGUUUUCUUGGGAAAGCAAACUUUUCUGCAAUGAAGAUGGCAUUGACAAGAACCGGACAGUAGGCUGGUUGUCCACUGAGAUACCUUGUAUAGAUACUCCGUAAUUAAGAUUGAAUAAUGAGAAACUUUGAAUCUCGCUCCGGAAAAUAGAUAUUCCACAACGCCAAAAUCGA